UUAAAAUUUUAAAUUUAAAUCCACAUAAAUGUAUACGUCAUUGAAGUUAGCACUACUGUGCAUGCGCGAAUUUAUUCCCACGAUCUUUCGAUACUGUUAACCGGCCCUUAGCUUUUGCGAGGUGCAACGUGGUAACUUUUACCAUAAGCGACGGAAUUCGCUGAGGAAGGAGAAUCUUUCCAAAAGAAAGUGUGUGCACCCUGGAGCACACGUUCAGGGAAAACAUGACGACGGAAGAUCCGCAGAUCCAAGGUCACGGAUUAAACGGCGUUACCGAGGACGAGGAUGUUGUGACACCUUGGAUGGUUACCAGCACGAAUGAUUCUGGAGUCGACUAUGACAAAUUAAUCAAAAAAUUCGGGAGUUCGAAAAUAGAUGAUGAGUUAUUAGCUAGAUUUGAGAAAAUCACUGGCAAGAAACCGCAUCACUUUCUCAGAAGAGGAAUAUUCUUCUCGCACAGGGAUAUGCAUACUAUUUUGAAUCUUUACGAACAGGGAAAGCCUUUUUACCUGUACACAGGUAGAGGACCAAGUACCAAUGCAAUGCACCUUGGGCAUCUCAUACCCUUCAUGUUCUGCAAAUGGCUGCAAGAUGUUUUCAAUGUUCCUUUGGUCAUACAGUUGACAGAUGAUGAGAAAGCUAUAUGGAAGAAUAUAAAGAUAGAAGACGCUAUUACAUUGGCCUAUUCCAAUAUGAGGGAUAUUAUCGCCUGUGGCUUCAAUCCUGAGAAGACUUUUAUCUUCUCAAACCUGGAGCACAUAGGAAAUAAUUCUGCAUUCUAUCAGAACAUGAUCAGGAUACAGAGAUGCGUCACGUUCAAUCAAGUAAAGGGCAUUUUUGGAUUCGGAGACAGCGAUCCGAUCGCAAAGAUCGCGUUUCCGCCAACACAAGCGGCUCCAGCCAUUUCCAGCUCGUUUCCCUUCAUCUUCAAGGACGCCAAGGUCCACUGUUUGAUACCGUGCGCGAUCGAUCAAGAUCCGUAUUUCCGUAUGACGAGAGACGUGGCGCCUAGACUCGGUUUCCCCAAGCCGGCCUUACUGCACUCGAGCUUCUUCCCGGCGUUGCAGGGAUCCAAGACGAAAAUGUCGGCGAGCGACAACAACACAGCGAUAUUUUUGACAGAUACUGCCAAGCAGAUUAAGAACAAAGUCAACAAGCAUGCAUUCUCAGGUGGUCAGGCGACUGUGGAGGAGCAUCGACAGCUGGGUGGUAACUGCGAAGUAGAUAUAUCUUAUCAGUGGCUGCGAUUUUUCCUAGAGGAUGAUGAGCGACUAGAACAAAUUAGAAAAGGCUACACUAGUGGAGAAAUUUUAACAGGCGAGUUGAAAAAGGAGCUGAUUGAUGUACUACAACAAUUGGUCGCCGUGCAUCGAGAAGCGAAAAGUAAAAUAACGGACGAUGUGAUCAAACAAUUUAUGAUUCCUAGAGAUCUCGGCUUUGUGUCGAAAACGAAGUAAUACGUAACUUGCACCGGAUUAAGCGAAAUAUUUUUUAAACUCACCCUACACUUCCUCUAGGUAUUUAUUUAUUUAUUGCAAAGUAUUAUUACAAACGAUUAUUACAAAGAACAUUCUAUAAUUUUUUUUCGCGCAUUUUCGAAUGAUAAAAGAUUAAUUUUUCUAUCUCAAGCUGCCUUGUUAAUUAAAAAAAAAAAGAUCUUAUAUAGUCUUGUGUAAAUAUUCUUGUAAAAAAAAAAAAAUGUAUAAAUUUCUUGAAGAUCUA